CGUCCGCCCUCCUCAUAUACUCCACCCCUUCAUUUGUCCUGCCAUAAACUUCUGAACCCGCAUCACUGACAGACUUUCCUCUUCUGGAUGGGAAAAACAACACAGCAGGAUUGAACCUCAGUACUCCGGCUGUCCAUCUUCAACUUCAGCACCCGCAUCCACAGACUUCCUCUUCCGUUACCACGACAACCUGCAUCUUUCCUCCCCUUACGGCUCUCCACUCCACCUUGCGGUACUGCCGUCCCUCCUCUCUCUCUCCUCCGCACCCCAUCCCCUCUCUGUGCACUAAGUUUGUGCGUGUGGCCACCUCAGCAUGGAGAAGGUGCAGCACAUGACGCGGGCGGCCAUGCGGCGGGCGUCCAACAUGGAGCUUCCCCAGCAGGCCAAGCAAAACAUGCAGGAUCUCUUCGUCAACUUCUGCCUCAUCCUCAUCUGCCUGCUUCUCAUCUACAUCAUUGUCUUGCUAAUCUCUUUCCACGGCAUGUGAGACAUCGCGGCGCAAUUUUACCUGCUCGUCCUCCUCACCGCCGAGUGCACAGUCCUACAAGCACCUUUCCGAAGACACCACGUAUAUCCAGUAACCUAAACCGGGACGGUCAACUCUUCAUCUGCUCAGUAUGGAUCUGAUCACUAACCGGGGACUAAACCUGCUGCUCAACUUCCUGCUCAUCGUCGUGGCUCUACUGCUCAUGCUCAUUCUGGUCAAGCUAAUGUGACCCCGUUCUGAUCGCCAAAAUGACCAGCGUUCAGACUAGGGGUGUAAGAGAGGUGAAAUGUCUUUUUUAUUCUCUAAAACCAUUAUGAAGGUGUUGUAAGCGAUAUCAGCCAGUUGGACAACUUCCAACAUCAGUCCCUUUCUCUCUCCAAAACCCAAACACAAAAUGACUGACAGAAUGAGAAUACAUUUUCUGUAAACACCUUUACAGAGACAACCGUGGUUCGUCAGGACAUCUACUUCAGUGAUGUAGAAGAUAUAUAUUAUGUGUGGUAGCUAAUUACCAAAAAAAUCGCUAACAGCACCUUCUACAGCCUCAGCAUUUUCAAGCGGCUUAUUGAAAGUCUACAGUAAAUUAAAGAUUGAUUUCCAGCAAAUCACUUGCAAGAAGCAAAUAAAGCAAAAAAGUGAUCAAGGUAAAAAAGAACAAUAUAUAUUUAUAUUUCAGUCGAAUUGCUAUGACACUGCGCCCUCUUGUGGCCAAAAUUACAAACCACAUUAAUACAACAUGAUCAGGAUUAAUUCAGGAUUUCUCUCUAAACGGGAUGGAAUUAAGUACAAUGUCAAAAACAUGAGGCCUAAAUAUCUAGGUGACCUCUUUGCUUAAAUCACUUUACACACCAACUAUUUUUUUACUGAAAUAUAAGCUCAUAAACUGAAUGUCUAUUCAGUUGGGGUUUAUUUCUCACUAUGAAAAGCUGUUGUGAUAUGCAGCCCAAAUAAAUAAAUAUAAUUAAUAGAAGGAAUAUAUGAUAAAAACACUGUUUUUCUUGUAAUGUAAUAUACUAUAGUACGUACAGCUGUACUUUUUAUGCAUUGAUCACAGUAUUGUUAAUAUACAUCUAAAGAAUAGCUUGUAUUUUACGCAUCUAUAAUUUAAUACGACUCUUUUAAUAUUAGAAUCACAAUUAAUGAAAGAAUAAAACAGCAAUAUUAAAAUUAUAAUUAUGUAAUAUUUGGUUUGUUGUUGUGAUGUGGAAUGUUGGGUUUCAAUAUUUGAUCGGUGACCUAAAGAUACUAUAGAAUCCAUAAUGUUAUUUCACAUCAUAGGGUUUCUUUUUUGUUUUCUGAAACCCUUAAACAUUUUAAUUUGUUUAAAUGGGGUCCCAGAUUUUUUAUGUGGUCUCAGACUCCUGGACCCCACUGUAUAUGUGAAUUUUACAUUAUUAAAGCGAAGAUGAAAUUGAGAGAAAGUGUGUUUAUAAAUUUUAAAGAUUGUGACAAUUUGUUUUUGUUGGCUUGACAAGACAUUUACAAUGUAGUGUACCAGUGUUCCUCCACCAGAGUGCGCUGUGAUCUUUUAGAAAUCAAAUCUUCAUGCUCCCUUUUGUAAACCAUCAGACAACCCCACUGCAAUUCCUUGCAUAUUUUUCAAUCCUUGCAUUCCUGUCAAGCGUUCU